UCAUUUCCAUAACUGAUGGACUUCCCACUUCAGCAAUGAUCCAGCCCUGACUCUGCUUUAUAAUCCAGACAGAAACAAGAGUUCAUAUUAGUAGUUAGUUUUAUAUUUGUCGUGUGUAAUGGACCACUUUCUGCUCUUAAUCUUAACCUCAGCUGUUUUUGAACAGACUUGGUGUCAAACCAAUACAAGCGCUUCUAUGAACUUCAGUACAACACUCAGCACCUCAACACUACAGUCUACAAGCCAGAAACCCACCACUACAGCACGCCAGAGCACAACAUUGUCCAAACCCAAUCUGGUGUGUGAAAAUAAGGGUACCUUACAAAACGGGAUCUGCCUCUGCCCAGAUGAUUGGACUGGAACCACAUGCAACAUCUCAAAUUUCUGCCCUGAACAAAACCUCUUACGAUUCACCUUCCCAAAAACGGUCUUAGGCCAGUUUGCUUCCUCAGUGGAGCGAUGUUCAUCACAAAAACCAAAUGGUGGAAUCCCAGAGGCUUCGGCCCUCUGUAAUAUGUCUACUCGCUCAUUUGAUCCUCCAAACAUUUUAGAUUGUGAUUUGACUCUGGAUUCCAUUAAGGCAGAUAUUGAAGCUACUCCUGGUAACUUAAAGCAGUUAGCCUCCAGCACCCAGAUCCUCACAUCCAUACCAGAACGGCUGACAGCCAACAACAUCACAAAUGCUGCUAAAAUAACCAACAUACUGCUGUCUGAUAAAACUGCACAAAGCAUGGAAAUUACAGUGUCAGCAGUCGCCACAGUCAGUCAGCUCCUGAGCGCAAGUCAUGAGAUGUACUCUGCUGUCGACCAUGAUGCAAUUAAUGAUCUAACAAAGACUCUACAGAAACUCUCUCUGCGUGGGAAUUCAAAUCCAUCGUUGGUUCAAUCGAACAUAGCAGUGCAGUCGCUGAAGGGCCAAACUCCAAUCCAACGAGUGCAAUUAACCUCUUUUAAAGGGCAGAGUGAUACCUUUUUACCUGACAGAAUAAAGAUUACGACACACGAUGAGAUUUCCAAAGAUAACAUUGACCUUCAAAUGAAUGUCAGAUUCAGUCAAGAUUUCAAUAAAGAUGUGGGAUUUGUCCUCUAUGAUAGCGAUCAGUUCUUUCAGUCAAAAAGCUUUCAGCCUUCUCUGGAUACCAAGAGAAGAGUGAUAUCUGCUAGUCUGCAAGAAUAUGUUGGAUUUGACAACAUUGAGUUUACAGUCACACCUUCGGUCGAUUCCACACUAUCACUCAACAACUUUGCAUGUGUGUUUUGGGAUUACACUAAAAAAGACUGGAACACAGAAGGCUGCACCAAAACAAAGAACCCCUCGGGUGAUGCAGUAUGCAGCUGUAAACCGAAAAAAUUUGAAAAUGCAAAUUUUGCCAUUCUGAUGACGUUUGAUAUCAACUACCAGUAUUCUGAAGCCUUGCAUUGGAUCAGCAUCACCGGCUGUGCUCUUUCUAUAGUGGGUCUGUUUGUCACAGCUGUGUACCAAAUCAUAACCAGGAAGUCAAGAGGAGGCAGUCCUACUCUGCUAAUCGUGAACAUCUGCAUAAGCAUGACGGUUUUCUACCUUCUCUUCAUCUUCGGCAUAAACAACCCUGUCCGACAUCUGAAAGUGGCACAGUUGUCCGAUCAGAACACGGUUCCUGAUUCAGACCAGCACAAGUACCCAGAUGAGGGUCCCUGUACGGCGUUUACAGCUCUGCUUCAGUACUUCCUGUUGGCCACGUUCACUUGGAACACACUGUACGGCAUUAAUGUGUUCCUCCUGUUCAUAAACAGAGUGUCUGGAACACCUCCAUGGUUUCCAAAGGUCUCCUUGGCUACUGGAUGGGGUCUACCUGCUGUUAUUGUUGGUAUCUCAUUGGGUUCCACCUACAGUGUGAAGGAGCCUUUAGGUUAUCGACAAGAAGAGUUUUGCUGGCUGGCUUCACUGGACCACAAACAGAAGUUCAGUAUGGGGAAACCCAUGUUUUGGGGAUUCUUGCUCCCAUUAAUGCUCAUGCUGAUCUCAAACGCAGCAAUACUGCUCCACUUCUCUCACAACAUCUGCAGGACAAACCCUAAUUUAAACAGAUCACGGAGAACUCCUCUAAAGAAGAAGAUUUUGAGUAGUUUCUCUCUGGCAGUGAUGCUCGGCCUGUCCUGGGUCACUGGCUACAUUUUGCUCAUCACCCAUGAAACAACUCUCAAAUUUAUUCUGAGUGUGGUUUUCUGUCUCUUCAACACAACACAGGGUGUUCAAAUAUUCAUUUUAUUCUCUCUGAGGCCUUUAAUAAACGCAAACCCAGCUUUUAUGGACAGUCUGCGUGUAUCAAACAUAGGCUUUCACAGGAAAACAUUCACUUUAUGGAAAAAUAAGAUACCAGAAAGCAAUGAAAGCUACAAAUCCACUGAUUCUGAAUUGGCCUGACGGGCCAUCAAAGUCUUUAGGGGACUGACUGUUGACACAUUUUUCAGGUUAUGAAAUCUGACCUGCUUAUUCCAAGUAUUACUACCAUGUGUGGAUAAACAAAAAUGCGCUACAUCCCAAAUGAUUGAAAUCUGAUCUGCGAGUGACAAACAUUGAAAACAACAACAACAAUAGAUAAAGCUUUAACACCUGAUUUUAUUUGCUUUAUUUGCUGUUCAGACCAAAGAAACUAAAAAAUUAUGAGAUGGAUAUGCCAAAAUGAGUGGUAUUGCAAGCACAUUGUCAUUUUCAUUGUCAUUUUUGCUAUAUCUGAUUUAUUUUCUCUAUUGUAAAAUAAUGUACAUGUACUGUAAACACACUUAUCUUAAAUGCACCAAGUUUGUCUCAUUGCUUUCUUUUUACUAAUUGACUGUUGACAUAUAUUAAAUAUUGAUGAAAUGA